UCAUAACAUUUCUAGCAGUCGUCGACGACAAGAAUGGUGAUAUUUUGAGGGUAGAUUCAUCAUUCUAGGACUCGAUGUGAGGUGGACGGGCCAGCAGUUCAGUUAAUAGCGUCAAAGGCUUUGUGAACGAUGUUGUUGAAAAGUUUGUUACCUGUUUUUGUUAUAAAUUAUAGUGCCUUGGUUUUAAUUGCUGGUUUUCAACAUAAUGCGAUGCUAGAUUUGCAAGAAAAUGUACAACUGUUAUGGAGUGUAGACGGUGAUACAAUUACAUUUGAGGUACGAGCGAACACGACUGGAUACAUUAAAAUCGGACUUUCACCCGAUGGCGAAAUGAACGGAGCGGAUGUCAUGGUUGGAUGGGUUAAGGAUGGCAAGCCAUAUAUUUCUGACCGACAUGGCGUUAGGAACCAACCUGUGAAAGAUACCCAUGCUGACUACGAGUUGCUGUACGGAAGUGAGACUGAUGGUUUAACAGUUCUCGGAUAUCGUCGAAAGUUAUUAACGUGUGACCCUGACGAUUGGGAUAUCACGACCGAUACAGUGAAAGUCAUGUGGGCGUAUGAUCCAGAAGAUCCAGAAAGCACGACAGCAACCAUCAAUGAACCUGAUCAGAGUGGUGUUAGAUCUAUAAUAUUCGUUGGUAUAAUGUCUUCAGACCUGAAAUCAGUUCCAGAUAAUGUUCAAACUCUAGAUAUUUUAGCUGACGAGGUUCUUGUACCGAGCAACAAGCCCACAACCUACUGGUGCUCACACGUUGCGCUCCCGGUGUUCCAAGACCGACAGCACGUUAUUCGUAUUGAUCCAAUCCUUCAAAAGGAGAAUGAAGGUCUUGUUUACACAUUCUCAUUAAUGGUAUGUCCGGACCUUCCUGAUGCAGUAAAAACCGAUAUGAGCCAAAGCUGUAGGGAUUUGUUUGGAUAUGACAUUUGUACGAAAAUAAUAUACGGGUGGGGAAUUGGAGGAGGGCCAUUGGUAUUCCCAGACCACGUAGGCUUUAGCAUUGGUGGGCCAGGCUCACCACGUUACAUGCGACUCCGGGUUCAUUACGAUAAUCCGCAACUUAAAGAGGGUAUUCGCGAUGUCACCGGCGUACGGUUAUAUUAUACAUCGAAACUUCGUCAAUUUGAUGCCGAUAAUCUGGAAGUUGGUAUUCCUGCAUUUUUAGAAUGGAUCAUACCUCCCGGAAUGACUGUCUUCAAAACUUAUGGUUAUUGCAACAACGCGUGCACAAAAAAGAUGUUUGCGGACAGUGAUAUGAAAAUCUUCAGUGUAUACCUUCACGCACAUCUGGUUGCCACAGCCAUUCGGUUAGCCCAUUUUCGAGAUGGUAAAUAUAUCGGCGAUAUUGCACGAGACAAUUUCUUCGACUCCAAUUUACGGGAACAGAGACAGCUGAAAGAAGAAUAUGUAGUAAAACCAGGGGAUGAGCUGAUGAUCGAAUGCAUUUAUGAUACAUCCAGCAGAGAUAAAGUUACGACUAGUGGUGUAGGUACUACAAGUGAGAUGUGCGUAGCUUUCUUAUUUUACUAUCCGAGAGUUAAUGUUCUAGAAUGUGCAAGCGCACCUGAUGCACUGCAAUUAGCUUCAUUCCUUCAAUACGACCCUUCUCCAGGAGAUACAAUACACAAUAUACAAGGUCUUUCUGAACUUAACUGGACAAAUGAACGGAAAAAAGCAAGUGCAAGGUGGUAUAUAGAAGCUGAUCAUAUGCUGACAUGCACUAAUAUAUCUGGAUUGGUUGAAGAUUCCCGUGGUCCCCCUCCAGUCACAAAAGUUGAUCCGAUAAGCAACCUAGUGGAAGAGCUAAACAGUCAAGUUGAAAAAGCGAAAUGCAACUCAGCAUCAAAUCAACAAGCAACGUGGUACAUCGUUACCUUGUGUACAAUCGCCAUCACACAGGGGUUUUUGGUGUGGAAGAUGUGGCUGAAAGAAUUUUUAACUGUUUUUCUUAUAAAUUAUUUAUUUGGGAACUUGGUUCUCAUUGCUGGGUUUCAGCAUAAUGCGAUGCUAGAUCUGCAAGAAAAUGUACAAAUAUUUUGGAGUGUAGAGGAUGAUAUGAUUAUUUUUGAAAUCCGUGCAAACACGACUGGAUACAUUGGGAUUGGAUUUUCACCAAACGGUGGAAUGAAAGGAGCCGACAUCGUGCUUGGAUGGGUUAAGGAUGGCACGCCAUAUAUUUCUGACCGACAUGGUAUUGGGAACCAACAGCCUGUGAUAGAUAGCCAAUCGGACUAUGAGUUGCUGUAUGGAAGUGAGACAGAUGGUUUAACAGUUCUCGGAUAUCGUCGAAAGCUAUUUGGUAUUGACCCACUCAUUCAAAAGAAGAACGAGGGCGUUGUUCAUCAUUUCGGCCUGAAAAUAUGCAAGGAUCUUCAUGAUGAUGUCAAACGUAAUAUGAGCCAAAACUGUAUGGAUAUGGUAGAAAUAGACAUGUGCUUUGAACUCGUAUUCGGAUGGGCGGUUGGAGGAGGGCCGUUAAUAUUUCCAGACAAUGUGGGAUACAAUUUUGGUGGACCAGACUCACCAAGGUACAUGCAAUUACAGGUCCAUUACGAUAACCCCCAACUUCAAGAAGGUGUUCGCGAUGCCUCUGGCGUACGAUUAUACUAUACACCUGAACUUCGUCCAUUUGAAGCCGGUAUGCUGGAAGUUGGUAUUCCUACAUUUUUACAUUGGUACAUCCCACCCGGUGUGACUGAAUUCAACACGUAUGGCUAUUGCAGCAAUACCUGCACCGAAAAGAUGUUUGCUGACAGUGAUAUGAAAAUCUUUGGUGUAACGUUGCACGCCCAUCUAGCAGCGAUAGCUAUGCGUUUGACCCAUUUCCGAGAUGGUAAAUAUAUAGGCGAUGUUUUACGAGACAAGUUUUACGACUUUAAUCUCCAAGAACAACGAAUCCUGGAAGAAGAGUGGAUAGUAAAAGCAGGUGAUGAGCUGGUGGUCGAAUGUACAUAUUCUACGUCCGAAAGAGAUACGAUUACGGUUAGUGGUCUAGGGACCAUGGAAGAGAUGUGCGUAGCUUUCAUAUUGUACUAUCCAAAAGUUAGUGCUUUAGAAUGUGCAAGUGCGCCUGAUGCAUUGGAAUUAUCUUCAUUCCUUGAUUUCGACGUUUCUCC